GUAUAGCAAAGUUACAAGUUACAAUUACGCUUGGUUAGCGUGUAUGUUCACGUAUCUUUGUACAUAUCGAUUUUCUUUUGUAGUGGAAGCAUGCGCCCUUCAGCGUUGCUGCGCCUGAGCAUGUGGGAUAAUCCCACAUUUGAGCACAACCCCAUGCUGCGUUACUGGAAGCGCAUGGUGAAUAGUACCGGGACUACUCUUUCCUCGCAAAGCAUCCCACGACACAUCCAUGGAUAUUUGGAGGGCGUGAACCCGCGAACGGAGGCGGUACUGCGGUGGUUUCCAUACAAGCAGGAGCUCACGGUAAACUCGCGCUACGUGCCAACAUUCAAGGAUGUGCUCUACGCACAUUACUUUCCAGGGGAGUUCAAUGACGACGAGCGUGUGAAAUACACUUCCAUCAAAACUGGACGAAGCGAGGUCGAGGUAGCUGAGGAAAUAUUUCUCAUGCGCAAGAUCAAGCUCAUCACGGCACAGCUUCUUCGCAACAAACUUAACAACAGGCCUUUUCGUACACCGGAAGGUGCUGACUUCUCGGACAUCGAGCGCCGCUAUACAUUGGGCAUUACCAAGGUUGCUCAGGCCAUGGGCACGAGCAUGUACAGCACUGAUACUUUCGAGCCACUCAUCAUGUAUUCGCCAUACUUGGAUUUCGGCGAUUGUGUUGAUCUCAUCAUUCACAAGCAGCUUCGAACGUCGCAGCAGUACCUCCUUUGCGAUAUUGUGGUUCAUAAGGGGAUUCCCCGUGCUCGCCUUCCGCAGGUAAGGGAUGACCCCAAGGAGCCUUUGGAGGAUUUAGAGCCUUGUCUUUUUCAAUUUAUAAAGCUACGUCUGGCUGUGCUUUGUCUCAUAGCUAAGCAGGAGCAAUACGUGGUUGAUCAUAUGUUUGACACUAACCACCGUUACGGUGGGUGUCUGAUUCACUUAUUUCCUUCUCCUUUAAACCCUGAGAUGAUUGACAAUGAGGUUGAGCAUAUCGAGGUGGAUGUCGAACUGGCCACGAAAUGGAUGAAACAUUAUUAUGAUCAUUACGUUGCUCCGCGGAGGGCUGCGUAGUACUGUAUAUUUUCUGGACAGUUGAACACGAAGCUAAGCCUAUACACACAUACA